AUGUGCUCCAGACAGAACUCCGGAGGCUGCCAUGGAAUGUCCUCCCAGUCCAGUGGAUGCCACAGCGGAGGCUCCUCCUGCCACGGAGGCAGCUCCUCCAGCUACCAGACACAGGGCUCCUCGUGCUGUGGGGGCUCCUCAGGCUAUGGUAUGGGAGGAGGAUACAGUGGCGGGUCUUCAGGAUCAAAGAGUAUCAUUGGAGGUGGGAGUAGUGGAGGAUCAUCCAGCUGCUGCGGUGGAGGCUCCAGUGGUGGGUCUUCAGGAUCAAAGAGCAUCAUUGGAGGUGGAGGUAGUGGAGGAUCAUCCAGCUGCUGCGGUGGAGGCUCCAGUGGCUAUGGUAUGGGAGGAGGAUACAGUGGUGGGUCUUCAGGAUCAAAGAGCAUCGUUGGAGGUGGGAGUAGUGGAGGAUCAUCCAGCUGCUGCGGUGGAGGCUCCAGUGGUGGGUCUUCAGGAUCAAAGAGCAUCAUUGGAGGUGGAGGUAGUGGGGGCUCCUCUGGAUGCUGUAGUGGAGGCUCCAGUGGUGGGUCUUCAGGAUCAAAGAGCAUCAUUGGAGGUGGAGGUAGUGGGGGCUCCUCUGGAUGCUGUAGUGGAGGGUCAUCAGGCUACGGAUCAUCUGGAUACUGCAGUGGAGGCUCUAGUGGUGGGUCUUCAGGAUCAAAGAGCAUCAUUGGAGGUGGGAGUAGUGGAGGAUCAUCUGGAUGCUGCAGUGGGGGAUCUAGUGGUGGGUCUUCAGGGGGGAAGAUCAUCAUUGUAGGUGGUGGGAGUGGGGGCUCCUCUGGAUGCUGUAGUGGAGGCUCCAGCUAUGGCAUGGGAGGAGGAUACAGUGGUGGCGGUGGGGGAUCAAAGAGCAUCAUUGGAGGUGGAAGUAGUGGAGGAUCAUCUGGAUGCUGCAGUGGGGGAUCCAGUGGUGGGUCUUCAGGAUCAAAGAGCAUCAUUGGAGGUGGUGGAAGUAGUGGAGGAUCAUCUGGAUGCUGCAGUGGAGGAUCCAGUGGUGGUUCUUCAGGAUCAAAGAUCAUCAUUGGAGGCGGGAGUAGCGGAGGAUCCUCCGGAUGCUGCAGUGGAGGAUCCAGCUACAGCAUGGGAGGAGGAUACAGUGGUGGCAGUGGGGGAUCAAGCCAGAAGAUCAUUAUUAGCUCAGGUGGUGGAGGUGGUGGAUCAUCUGGAUGCUGCAGUGGAGGAUCCAGUGGUGGCUCCUCAGGAGGGCAGAUCAUCAUUGGAGGUGGUGGGAGUGGAGGAUCAUCUGGAUGCUGCAGUGGAGGAUCCAGUGGAUCCAGUGGAGGUUCCUCAGGCCAUGCAGUCAUCAUCAGCUCUGGAGGGGGUGGUGGAGGGUCCUACCAGUCCACACAGCAGAAGCAUCCCAUUGUCAUCCCCACCAUCGUGUCCCAUCAGGCCAAGCAGAGAUCUGCCUGGCCCCCCUGCAGCCAUAAGUAA